UUAACUCUUCGUAAAGUAUACACUUCCGGGUCAAAAUUGGAUACCAAACAGGAUUAAAAUGUAUACAUUCUGAAAGACAAUAGAUCGAUUGAUUUAGAUUUAUUAUUAGAUACAGGUUUACGAGAUAGCUAAAUUGAAGUUGAUAUCAAAGGAAAAAUGACUGAUCUUGAGGAAUAUAUUUUUGAUGAGGACGGAAAUCCAAUUUUGCAAUGUCCUAAUUUUCCACAAGAAGAACAAUUAUUCGCAGACGAGGAUGAUUGUAAGGAUAUAUUUCACAUUAAAGGGGACGGAUACGAUGUCACCUUGUCGCUGGCUAGAGGUCUCAUCACCUGGAGUAAUGUCAAUCCUUCCGGAAAAAAGAAAGGUUUAUUCAAGGGAAAAGGCAAAGGCGAAGACAAAAAUACUGUCAUGCUCAAGGAGGUAUUUGGUGUAAAAACAAAAAGAAAGAAGUCCAAUCUUAGUUCAAGUGAGGAAGGGGUUUGUGUUGGGUUUUCUGUCCAUGUGGCUGAUGCAUUUGGUCCUAACACAUUAUCUGAAAGACUGAUAGUAUUUGAACACCCUAGUGAAGCUCUCUGUUCAAUGUAUGUCAGAAAGAUAAAUAUGUACAUGGAAGAAAUGCAUGAUCGUCCAAAGUCUGUAAAACUGUUCCUACAAACGCAUGCAGGAAGUAAAAAUGGUAGUGCAGUCUACAAAAAUAAAGUGACACCAUUGUUUCAAGCUGCUGAUGUACAUGUAGAUUGUGUUGAGGUGCAGCACAAUGAGCACAUCAAGCAAGAAAUGGUGCACAUCAACUUGGACGAUUACGACUGUAUAGUAGCAAUGGGUGGAGACGGGACAGUAAGUAAGGUGGCAGAUGGUUUGUUGACGGCUUCACAGAAGAGGAAGGACAUUGAUCAGAAGUCUGGAUUUACACCAGUUAAAGCGGCCAUUCCUCUUGGUAUAAUCCCCAUAGGUUCGACAAAUGACACUGGUCGAUCAGUUAUGGGGACGGAUGAUGUAAUUAGUGCUGCAUUGUAUAUAAUACUUGGACGCUGUACAGCGGUGGAUAUCUGUUCAGUAUAUAGGGAAGAUAGAUUGAUGCAAUGGUGUUUCAACUGUCAAUACGGGUUUGCUGGGAAUGUAUUAACUUUUCGGAAAAGAUACAAAUCUCUGGGCAAGAGAGGGCUGGAACCAGCGUUUAUAAAAGCUUUGACAAAGGCAAAGUUAAGGCCAUACAAAUGUGAUGUGGAGUACAUACCGGCAGACAGUUUACCAAAAAAUCGCAAAUUCUUGCCUUGUUAUCGAGGAUGUGACGUCUGCUGGCAUGAGGAGGUGGUAGAUGAUAAUGGAGUAACAGAAGAUCUUGUACAGGCGUUUGAUCCUCUAGCCGAGUCUAACAACAGUGAUACCUUAGUCAAUUUGGCGGAGCAUGAAGACACCCCCUGGAGAAGUAGGAAGUCAGAUUUUCUCAAUAUAGGUCUGUUUACUAUACCAGGACGGUCUGAGUUAGCCCCAAGGGGGAUGAGUAAAUACUCCCACCUCAAUGACGGGGCCAUUGAUCUCGUCCUAGUGAAAGAUGCACCAAGAAAAGAGUUCAUACGAAUGCUCAAAAGGUUAACAAAUGCGAAAAACCAGCUUGACUUUCCGUUCGUGGAGGUGUUGCGAGUAAAAGAAGUCAGAUUCCGACUACGCUUGCCAACUGGUUUUAAAUACAAUGACACUAACUUCAAUGAAAUAGACUAUGAAUUAGAGCGGAGAAAAAACCUAAUUGAUAAUGCUUCAAAGUCGGACAUUUUAGAACUUAGCGAAUUAAGUGAUUCAGAUGAUGAUGAUGCUCUUUCGAAAAGCAAUAACUCAACCGGAAAAACUGUGCAAUCAAUUUCAACUACAACAAAGUCUAAGCCACCGUUUAAAAAAUCGCAAAGUGUUCAACAAAUCUCAUCCAAGUUAUUAAAACGCACAAAUACUGAAACGUCGAUUAAGGUCAAGAAUAUGGAUGAUUCUGAAGAUUCUGAUGAUGAUGACCUUGAUGAUGAUGAUGACAGUGAUAACUCAGGGGACAUAGUCUCCAUUAACUCAGUUGGUGUGCGAACAGUAAAAUCAGCGUCUGCUGCGGACCAGAAACUCUGCGGUCCUGCCUAUAGACCAACAUUUGCCGAGCAGGAUCGAGCUAGGCGUAACCGUCGGUUACAGAAGAAGGAGGAGAAAAAGAAGGCAAAGGAAGAAAUGAGGAUGAAAUCUGUCUGGAAUAUUGAUAAUGAAAUCAAGGAGGAGGAUGUGCUAAGCUUCAGAGUACAUCAUGGCUUACUUAAAAUUUAUGGACAAGGUGUGUCACCAGAUACUGUUGUUUAUGAACCUACAUUACUGUGUAUACCAAGAAUGUAAGAAUAACACAACUGUGAGAAUUGCUACAUGGGAAGGAUUUGUCACAGAAAACUGUACGGAAAAUAUGACAUCCAUGUUCUUUUGCCAUGCUUUUAUUUUUUGCCAUUAUUGUGUAUAAUGUUUUAUCUUCCAAAGGGAAUGUCAACUUUAUUAAAUUUCUAUCACCACAAUAUACACAUAUAAUAUUUGUUGAAUUUGAUAAAUAUACUAUUUGAGAGCACACUGCUUUGCAAGAAAAUGUUUCUA